CUUUGUCAGAGAGGUCCAACUCCUUUUACUCCUAAAAACUAAAAAUAUCUCUGAACUUUCCCCCUAAAAGAAGACUCUCUGUUUUCCAGCGGAAUAUUCAAACUAUUUUGGAAAGUCUUUUUUCCUUAAUAAAGUGUCUGUGUUAUUUGAGGAAGAAGAAGAAGAAGAAAGCAUCACUUUUAAAGAUGCUCUGCGUCUUUUCCCGCUGAGUCUGUGAAGUGAGCGCGGCGGUGCGGACACCUCCACAGCCUUCAGCACAGCCAGGGCGACAGCAGAGGGCUCAUUGGAGAGGGAGCAGGUCAGUGUGUGAGCGAUGGCUGGAUGUUGUGUGUCGGCGGAGGAGAGGGAGAACCAGAGGAUCAAUGAGGAGAUCGAGAAGCAGCUGCGCAGAGACAAGAAGGACUCUCGCAGGGAGCUGAAGCUGCUGCUGUUGGGUACUGGAGAGAGUGGAAAGAGCACCUUCAUCAAACAGAUGAGGAUUAUCCACGGAGGAGGAUACACAGAUGAGGACAAGAGGAGCUACGCCAAACUGGUCUACCAGAACAUCGUCACAUCCAUGCAGGCCAUGACCCGAGCCAUGGAGGCACUUAGCAUAUCUUUCGCUGAUCCCCAGAACCAGAGCCAUGCAAACUUAGUCCUGGAGGUGGAGGUGGAUAAGGUGGAGGAGUUAGAUUCAAGCCUUUCGGCGGCCAUCAGGAGUCUGUGGGACGAUGCAGGAAUACAGGAAUGCUACGACAGACGCAGGGAAUACCAGCUGUCCGACUCCACCAAAUACUAUCUCACCGACCUGGAUCGAAUUUCACAGCCCUCCUAUAUACCUGACCUGCAGGAUAUCCUCAGAGUCCGAGUGCCGACCACGGGUAUCAUUGAGUACCCCUUUGACAUGGAGAACGUCAUCUUCAGGAUGGUGGAUGUGGGGGGUCAGAGGUCAGAGAGGAGGAAGUGGAUCCACUGCUUUGAGAACGUCACCUCCAUCAUCUUUCUGGUGGCGCUCAGCGAGUACGACCAGGUCCUGGCUGAGUGCGACAACGAGAACCGUAUGGAGGAGAGCAAGGCCCUGUUCAAAACCAUCAUAACCUACCCCUGGUUCCAGCGAUCCUCUGUCAUCCUCUUUCUCAACAAGACCGACAUCCUCCAAGAGAAGAUCAUGUACUCUCAUGUAGCCACCUACUUCCCUGAAUUCACAGGACCUCAGCAGGAUCCUGUAGCAGCUCAAGAAUUCAUCCUGAAAAUGUACCAAGAACAAAACCCAGACAAGGGCAAGACGCUGUACCCUCACUUUACCUGCGCCACAGACACAGAAAACAUCCGCUUCGUCUUUGUGGCCGUAAAAGACACCAUCCUCAGACACAACCUGAAGGAGUUCAAUCUGGUGUGAAGAGGAGCAGGAGGAGGAGGACAGACAUGAGGAGAGCUGAGAUAGGAUGGAGAAUUACAUGAAACAAAACUUCACAGUGCUGUCUAAACAGAGAACAAUUAGAUCCACUGAGAAUAUUUAUGAUUUAUUUAAUCCAAAGGUUUAAAUAUUUUCACUUUUCAACUUUGGUGCCUGUAAAAAUCCAGCCAAAGAGAAUAUGAACAUGUAACAUGUCCAAACUUCUGUUUCUGUAGGUCAUUGUGUCUGAAAUGCUGUUUUGUGUAUUUUGUGUUUUGUAUACUUUAGUUUUUAUUCCAGCCUUUAUAGAUAUGUGCUCUAAGAAAAUGAUACUUUGCAGUAGAAGUAAGAAUGUAAUAGCAUUGACCUUUUGUGUGGACUACUUGUUUUAUUACCUUUUACAGUGUAUUAGAAAUAGGAUCCAAGUAUGCAUUUUCUGCUCAUGUCAUAGCUGUUUUGUGAUUUAAUGUUGUGAAGAUUUUUUUCUCCAUUGUUUUUAACACUGAGCCAUGGGUGUGUGCUUUUGCCUCCAAGUGCCUUGUUGACUCCGGACAGCCACUGACUUUGUUUAGAUGUAAAUAAUUCAAGUUGCUUUUUGACAAACUCUACUCAGCUGUUUCUUCUCAGGAGAACUGGGUAUCAUUAUAUUUAUGGUCAUUUUCAAUAAACAAUUAUAG